AUGUACGUCAUUGUAACAUGGCAAACCACUUUUGUAGCAAGCGCCGAAAAAGAGAAACCACAGCGCCAGCUGUCUUUGGGCAUCAUUGGCAUGGGAGAUAUGGGUCGUCUUUAUACCACGAGGCCGCGUGCUGCAGGAUGGGCUCAUGUGAACGUGUGUGAUCGGCCGGAAAAGUAUGAGUCGCUCCGGGAUGAAUUUCAGGGCACAGAACUGACGGUUUUACGCGAUGGACACCUUGUAUCGCUUCAAUGUGACUUUGUUGUGUACUCCUUGGAAGCAGGGAAUAUCCAAAAGGUCGUGGCCGAGUACGGGUCAUCGACUAAAGUUGGUGCUGUGGUAUCUGAACAGACUAGUGUAAAGGCGCCAGAGCGAGAUGCAUUCGAGAAGUAUCUACCUCAGGACGUGCACAUUAUUUCGUGUCAUUCCCUGCAUGGCCCGCAUGUUGAUCCACGCGGGCAGCCACUCAUCCUGAUUCAGCACCGCGCACCCGCUGACAAGCCACAUCUGGUCGAGCGCAUCUUGGCAUGCCUCGAGUCCCGCUAUGUGUAUAUGAGCUAUGAGGAGCAUGACACGGUGACAGCGAACACACAGGCAGUCACACAUGCAGCAUUCCUGACAAUGGGCACUGCCUGGGCGCAGCUCCAAGCAUAUCCAUGGGUGACAGGCAAGAAUCCAGGCGGCAUGGAAACAGUGAAAAUUUACUUGUGUCUGCGCAUCUAUGGCGCAAAAUGGCAUGUAUUCGCGGGCCUCGCAUUACUGAAUCCAGAGGCGAGCGUGCAAGUGACGCAAUACGCAGCGAGUGCAACAGCUUUAUUCCAGCUUAUGCUCGAGGGCAAAUAUGAUGCGCUCGUGCAGCGCGUACUGAGCGCCCGGCGCAGUGUAUUUGGCUGGCAAGACACGGAAGUGGGCACGAACCUGCCUGGUCGUUCGCGGAUUCUUGUAAGCGAUGAGAUGUUGGACGAGUUUUAUGUGAUUGCAGAGCGGGUCAACAAAGGCGAGAAGAGCGCUGCGGAGGCUGAGCGGACUGUGCGUGAAGAAGCGCCACCGGCAAAUUCGCAUCUGUCGCUUCUUGCGAUCGUCGACUGUUGGCAUGUCCUUGGCAUCGAUCCAUACCGGCAUUUGGAGCUUGCUGCAACACCUGUAUUCCGCAUGUGGAUCGGUGUGACUCAGAACUUGUUCCGCUCGCCAGACAGCGUCUUGGCAGCAUGCCGAGCAGCCGUCGACGACGUUCGGUUCCGCGCGGACGACCUGGAGUUCGUUAUUGCCGCUCGCGGGUGGGCACAGGCUGUGCAGUUCGGAGACUUUGACGCGUAUCGCCGGCGCUUUGAAAUGACACGUGCAUUCUUCGCGCCGCGACUCACGGAAGCCAACAAGGUCGGGGCUGAGAUGCUUAGAGUCUUGUCGACGCAGUCCUAA